AUGAAGAGGGAUGGAGAUCAACAUCUAAACGGUCAUGUCAAGAGAUCAAAACUAGACUCAGAACAAGAAACAGAAGAUGACGAAACUCAUUUCGAGGAGGAAGAUGACAUCAUUUUAGAAUCGGAUCACUCUGUGGCUCCAAGCCCAGCGCCGGUCUUUGACAUCGCGGUGACCAACAGUAACCAGUGGCAAGAGACUAUCAAAAAAGUAGUCAACUCGGUUGUUUCGGUCCAGUUUUCACACGUUGCACCAUUUGACACUGAAACUGCCAUCGUCAGUGAGGCAACAGGAUUUGUUGUGGAUGCAGAAAGAGGGUUGAUCUUGACAAAUAGACACGUGGUGGGUCCUGGCCCAUUCACAGGAUACGUUGUCUUUGACAAUCAUGAAUCGACCGAGGUGAAGCCAAUAUAUAGAGAUCCUAUCCAUGAUUUCGGAUUUUUACAAUUUGACACAAAGGAGGUAAAGUAUUUGAAGUUGACACAACUUGAUUUGGAACCGACGUUAGCAAAAGUUGGCACAGAAAUUAGGGUAGUUGGUAAUGACAACGGAGAGAAGCUUUCGAUACUUGCUGGUAUCAUAUCCAGAAUAGAUAGGAAUGCUCCUGAUUAUGGAGCAUUAACGUAUAACGAUUUCAACACGGAGUAUAUACAAGCAGCAGCUUCAGCAACGGGAGGGUCAUCUGGAUCGCCGGUGGUUAAUGAGGAUGGGAAAUGUGUUGCUUUACAAGCUGGUGGCUCUACCGAAGCGUCAACUGAUUUUUUCUUACCAGUGAAUAGACCAAAGAGAGCACUUCAAUGUAUACAGGAAGGCACACCAAUCACGAGAGGAGACAUACAAGUUGAAUGGGAAUUGACGCCCUUUAAUGAGUGCUCGAGGUUUGGUUUGACAGCAGAGGCAGAAGCACUUGCAAGAAAGACAUUUCCGGAUAAAAUUGGAUUAUUGGUGGCUGAGUUGGUAUUGCCAGAGGGCCCAGCUGAUGGGUUCAUCAAGGAAGGAGACACGUUAAUAUCAAUAAAUGGAGAGUACAUAUCAACAUUCAUUAGGGUUGAUGAAAUACUAGACGAGAACGUUGGUAAGGAGUUGGAAUUUGUUGUGCAACGAAGUGGAGUCGAAUUAAAACAACACAUCAAAGUUGGGGACUUGCAUGCAAUCACACCCAAUAGGUAUGUACAGGUGUCUGGUGCGUCAUUUAACGAUCUCUCAUAUCAGGUUGCCAGAUGCUAUUGUUUGCCAGUGAGAGGAUUAUACGUGAAUGAUGGAGCCGGCUCAUUUGAAUUCUCCAAUCAAGAUCCAUUUGGAUAUUUGGUGGAGACCAUCGAUGAUAAACCUGUUGCCAACUUGGACGAAUUUGUUGAGUUGAUGAAACAAUUACCCGAUUGUUCAAGAGUGCCUGUUACUUAUCGUCAUGUUUCUGAUAUGAAUGCUGAAUACGUUCAAACUAUAUAUAUUGACAGGCACUGGUACACUUCAUUCAAGAUGGCCACUAGAAAUGACACGACAGGGUUGUGGGAUUUUGUGUCGUUGCAAGACAAGCCACUACCUCCAAUUGCACCUACUCCUCAAGAUGCAAAGUACGUUGACAUACCAUUCAAUGACCCAAGCAAGGAUGAAAUUUCCAAGUUGGUUCGGUCAUUCGUUCAGAUUAGGACACUAUGCCCUAGUGGUGUGGACUCACAUCCAUUUAAAAAAGACAUCUGCUACGGUGUAGUCGUUGACGCUGAAAAUGGAUACGUUUUGACGUCGAGGCGGUUUGUUCCACAUUACAUGUGCGAUAUCUUUGUUGUAUUUGCGGAAUCGAUUGAUGUUGCCGGGAAAGUGGUGUUUUUACAUCCGCAUUUGAACUAUGCCAUAAUCAAGUACGAUCCAAGUUUAAUAUUAGCUGAUGUGCAAACACCAAGGUUCUCGGAUACUCCACUAAAGCGAGGUGACGAUGUGUCAUUUGUGGGUUACAACUACAACUUGAGAUUAGUCACGGACGAUGUGAAGGUCAGUUCAAUUGCAUCUUUGAAUGUGACUGCAAAUAGCAUGGCACCACGUUAUAGAGGUACAAACUUGGAAUGUAUUUUACUAGACAGUAAAAUCAGUCAAGAAUGUGGAACUGGUAUCUUGGUUGAUGGGGAUGGAACAAUGCGCGCAUUUUGGUUGUCCUAUUUGGGGGAGUCGAACGACGUGUCGUACAAGAUGGGAUUGGAUGUCACCGACGUGAAGGAUGUUGUCGACCUGCUCAAGAGAAAUGAGGUACCUAUUGGUUUGAGAAUGUUGAGUGCUGAAUUUGCCUCUAUAACUGUCUUUCAAGGUAGAACUCGUGGUGUACCUCAAACGUGGAUCAGCAAGUUUGAAGAGGGAGCCGAAGACCUGAUUCGGUUUUUGUCGGUUGAUAGAAUAGCUGCAGCGAGUUUGACAGAUAAGCCCAAUCCAUUGAAAGUUGGGGAUAUAAUUCUUUCCGUGAAUGAUAAGUUGGUAAGAAGUUUGAGAGACUUUUCGCCCAUGUAUGACAAUGAGUAUCUCAAGUUCAAAAUCAUUCGCCAAAAGAAGGAGAUUGACCUUACAGUUCCUACCAUCGAGACUUCCAGCUUGGAUACAUCGCAUGUUGUGUUUUGGUCCGGAGCUUUGUUGCAAAAGCCACAUUACGGAGUUAGACAGCUCAUGACAAAGAUCCCCUCUGAGGUGUUUGUUACUGACAAGAGUUCAUGUGGUCCUGCACAUCAAUAUGGAAUUGUGCCGGUUAGUUUUAUAACCCAUGUCAAUGAUCAAGAGACUAAGGACUUGACAACAUUUAUAAACGUGGUGAAAAGCAUUCCCGAUAAAACAUACAUCAAGCUUAGAGUUGUGUCGUUUGACAAUAUCCCCGCCGCAAUUUCAUUAAAAACGGACUACCACUACUUUCCUACAACCGAACUCAUUAGGGAUAUUAGAACAAGUGAGUGGGAAACCAGAAAACACGAACAAAUUGAGUCAUCAGAUUGA